AUGUUAAGAAAGACCAGACCAGACCAGCAGCACUACUACUAGUCUUGUCUUGUGCUCCUGCACUAGCUCUCGAUCAGCCUCCAAGAAAAGAAAAGCAAAGAAAAGCUCGUUCAUGUCCCUCAUCACGGAUGAUCCCGGCGAGUCCCCGAGGGACUGCGCCACCAAGCAUCACCACCGCCGUGGGCGUCGGCGGCGCGUGGUGAUCGCGGUGUCAUCGGCGACGGCGUCGCUGGUGUCCCUGUCCAUCAUCCUAUGGCUCACCCUCCGCCCUUCCAGCCCGACCUUCUCGCUGCUGGCCGCCACCGUGGUCUCCUCCAACGCCACCACCACCCUCAUCGUCGACGCCGCCUUCGUGGCGCACAACCCCAACGCCCGUGCCGCGGCGCUCUACGACCGUCUCCAGCUCCACGUCCAGGCCGCCGGCAUCCAGCUCGCCGCCGCCUCGCCGAUCCUGCCGUUCCAGCAGUCGCAGGGCGACGUCGUCAUCUCCGCUCAGGCUGCGGCUGCGGCUGCGGCGCCGGCGAUGGAGGGGACAACGGCGCCGCUGCUUCUGAGGUUGCGCGUGGAGGGGCAGCUCCGCUGGAAGGUGGCCGCCUGGGUGUCCGCCAGCCACGUCAUCACCGCCGACUGCGUUGCCGUCGUGCCGCUCAGGGCCGUCGUCGCGCAGGGAUCCCAGUGCGCCACCACCCUAUCCUAGAUUAGUUCAGUUAACACACUGUUAUGUAACUCAUACUCAUCUAUAUAUAUAUCCUAUAAUGUACAGUAAUUAAUUCUACGUUUACAUAUAUAUAAUCUGAUAUAUAUAUAUCCCGGAGAUCGAUUGUCUUUUCAUAUUAACAAGUUAUCUGAAUUUUUUCCUGAAAAAA